CAUUCCCACCUCAUUUGCAUGCCCCCCCUUGUCCUCCUCCCCAUUUCCCUUCUCUCUCUCUCUCCACUCUCUCCCCACUACCCUCAUAAGAGGAGGAAGAAGAAGAAGAAGAAGAAGAACAACAACGAUUCAGAAGCAACCACAGCUCCCCGCAGAAGGCCCCAGAGAUCAUAGAAAUACACUACCAGCGAAGCAUCAUCAAACCCUCCCAUCGUUUUCAUGGCAGUCGAGGCCCGGCACCUUAAUCUGUUCCCCCCUCAGCUCCGGCCCAACCGGGAGAUGAUAAGGCCGAUCGACGCCAACGCCUGCGUCGCCAGCCCAUACAAUUACAACCUCCAGAUGGGGUACGGCCUCCCGCUAUCCGGAACCACCACGGUCGAUACGACCGGCAUGCUCCCCAUGUACAGCUCCCCCCUCACGGAUUCCCUCCCUCCCAAGACUCCCUUGAAGUCCGACAGCGGCCUCACCCACAACAUGCCUCUGCUUUCUCGGAAGCGCUCCCGAGAGUACUCGUCGCCGAACCAAAUCCUACCCUACACCGUUCAGCACCGCGAUAACAGUUGCAGCACUUCGAGUUUCUCAUUCCUCGGCGAGGACAUUUCCCUCCAGAUUGAGCAGCAGCAGUUGGACAUCGACCAUCUCAUCGCUCAACACAUGGACAAGGUGAGAUUGGAGAUCGAACAGAGGAGAAAGAAUCAGGCGAGGAAGAUACUGGAGGUGAUCGAGGAACGGCUCGUGAAGAGGCUACGGUCGAAGGAGGAUGAGAUCGAGAAGAUCGCGAAGAUGAAUUGGGCGCUCGAAGAGAGGAUAAAGUCCCUGUGCGUCGAGAACCAGAUAUGGCGGGACCUCGCUCAGGCCAAUGAAGCCACCGCUAACGCCUUGAGGACUAACCUCGAGCAGGUCCUCUCCCACGUCAAGGACGACGUCUUCGCCGGUGGCAGUGCAUCCCUCAACGAUGGCGCAGUCAAUAACCACCACCCCUUGGCGGACGACGCCGAGUCCUGCUGCGACAGUAGUGGCGCGGGAUACGACAGAGCAGCCGGCGCAGGCCCGUCGCGGGAUAUUGGGGCGGAAGUGCUGGGCGUCGAUGACCGGAGGUGGUGCCGGAGCUGCCGGAGGGAGGAGGCGCGGGUGCUACUGUUGCCGUGCCGGCACCUGUGCUUGUGUACGGUGUGCGGGUCGUCCCUUCACACAUGUCCCGUGUGUAAUUCGGCCAAAACCGCCAGUGUGCACGUUAACGUGUCCUGAGGCGAAACGGAAAAUUGUGGAAAAUCGGAAAACAGAGAAGAGGGGGGAAAACGUUUCCUUGGAAAAUGCAAUAGUCCGGAAACAGAAAACAAGAUAGAAAUGUUUCCAGAAAAACACUCCUUGCCAUGUUCAGUACUUCAACGAUCCCUUCUCUAGUUCCUUUUUUUUUUUUUUUUCACUUUGUUAUCUUUUUGGUAGUAAAUUAGCUCAAUUCAAUUCGUUCUUUUUACUAUGAGUUCUUAUAUUUCCCUUAUGACAGUCAUCGAUCUUUGUCGA